AUGAAGUUGCUAACGAAGUUCGAAUCGAAGUCUACUAGGGCUAAAGGUAUUGCUUUCCAUCCUUCUAGACCAUGGGCUUUAGUUGCUUUGUUCUCUUCUACAAUCCAAUUAUGGGACUACAGAAUGGGUACAUUGCUACACAGAUUUGAAGGACAUGAAGGACCAGUUCGUGCUGUUGACUUCCAUCCAACCCAGCCGAUUUUUGUUUCAGCGGGUGACGAUGCCAGCAUUAAGGUCUGGUCGUUGGAGACAAACAGAUGUCUUUAUACAUUGACCGGCCAUUUGGACUAUGUUCGUACCGUGUUCUUCCACAGUGAACUACCAUGGGUCAUCUCUGCCUCUGAUGACCAAACUGUUAGAAUCUGGAAUUGGCAAAACCGUAAAGAAUUGGCUUGCUUAACAGGCCAUAACCACUUUGUUAUGUGCGCCCAAUUCCAUCAAACAGAAGACCUUGUGGUUUCUGCAUCUCUGGAUGAAACUGUUAGAGUUUGGGAUAUUUCCGGUUUGAGAAAGAAACACUCCGCACCUGGUGUCACUAGCUAUGAAGAUUCUCUCGCUUCCCAACAAAAUUUACUAGAUGGUGCUUUUGGUGAUUGUAAGGUCAAAUUUAUCCUAGAAGGACACACUAGGGGUGUUAACUGGGCCUCUUUCCAUCCAACAUUACCUUUGAUUGUCACAGGUGGUGAUGACCGUCAAGUCAAGUUGUGGAGAAUGAGCUCAAAUAAAGCUUGGGAGGUUGACACAUGCAGAGGACAUACUAACAACGUCGAUUGUGUUGUUUUCCACCCAGAUCAAAACUUGAUUUUGUCUGUCGCCGAAGACAAAACUUUACGUAUUUGGGACUUGGACAAGAGAACACCAGUCAAGCAAUUCAAGAGGGAAAAUGACAGAUUCUGGUUGAUCAGAUCCCAUCCAAAUAUGAGUUUGUUUGGUGCAGCUCACGAUUCUGGUAUCAUGAUCUUCAAGUUGGAUCGUGAAAGACCUGCUGCAACUACUUACCAAAACCAACUCUUUUUUGUUAACAAGGAGAAGCAAUUACAGAGCUUUGAUUACGGCAAGAAAGUUACCUCACUACCUUAUGUUACGCUAACCAAAUUAGGUCAGGCAUGGAAUAGCUUCCAUAGCAUUUCUUACAAUCCAUCCCAACAUUCUGUUUUGAUAAAUGAAGGGACAGAUAAAUUUGGCCUGGUAGUUUUACCAAAACAACCAACCGGUGCUGUUGAGCCUACCAGUGUUAUUGAGGAUUCUGGUUCUUGUGCGACCUUUGUUGCUCGUAAUAGGUUUGCCGUUUACAAUAAAUCUUCUCAAUCUAUCGAGGUUCGCACACUUGACAAUAAGAUUACUAAGACAAUUCAUGUAGAAGAUCCAGUCAACGACAUGCUAUAUGCGGCACCAGGAACUGUAUUGCUCUUGCAUCCCAAAGAAGUAGUACUAUUUGAUGUGCAACAAGGUAAAAAGGUUGCACAGAUGCACGUUAAGAACGUGAAAUAUGUCUCCUGGUCUCAAGACGGACAGUACUUGGCAAUGAUGAGCAAGCACACUAUUACAAUAGUCAACAAACGUCUUGAAUUGAUUAACUCGAUGCAUGAAACUAUUAGAAUUAAGAGUGCUGCCUGGGAUGAGAGUAAUGUUUUGGUUUACACUACUUUAAACCAUAUACGUUAUUCCCUAUUAAAUGGUGACCAUGGUAUUAUUAAAACCCUGGAGAAGACACUUUAUAUUCACAAAGUUCAAGGCAAAUAUGUUUAUGCUUUGAACAGAGAUGGUGAAAUGGAAGUCUUGAACAUCGACCCAACUGAAUAUCGUUUCAAGAAAGCCUUGGUCAACAAAAACUUCCCAGAAGUCCUUCGUAUUAUCAGAAACUCCAACUUGGUUGGUCAAAAUAUUAUCUCUUACUUGCAAAAAUCUGGCUACCCAGAAAUUGCUCUUCAGUUUGUUCAGGAUCCACAAGCUCGUUUUGAUCUAGCAAUCGAAUAUGGUAACUUAGAUGUUGCUUCAGAAGAGGCUAAAAAGUUAAACAACGAUGCCACUUGGAAUAUUUUGAGCAAGGAAGCACUUGCUCAAGGUAACAUUGCUUUGACAGAAAUGAUAUAUCAAACACAAAAUGCUUUUGACAAGCUUUCUUUCCUAUAUACUAUUACAGGUGAUCAAAAUAAGCUAGCAAAAAUGGAAAACAUUGCUCAAAAUCACGGUGCAACAUCCAGCAUUUUAAUGAAUUCGUUCUACAGUAACUCUAUUGACAGCAGAGCAAAGGUUUUCCAAACAGCUGGUUCCUUACCGUUAGCUUUUGCUGUGGCAAAGGCCAAUGGAAAUGAUGAACUUGCUGCUUAUUAUCUGGAAGAAGCUGGUUUGGAUGAACAAGAUGUCGUAUUACCCGAUGGGAUUACUCCUUCUAAUAGUGUGAAGACCCCUGCUAUUACUGAACCUCUAACAUCUUGGCCAUUAAAGGAAGCUGAACUAUCUUACUUCGAAAAGGCCGUUCUUGGACAAAUUGAAGAAUACGACGCUGAUGAACCAAGUAGUGAUAAAGAAACUACUACAGCUGCUGGGCAUGAAGAAGAGGCAUUCUUUGAUGACGAAGAAAUUAUUGGUGAUGAAGAGGAUGCCUGGGAUCUGGGUGAUGAUGAUUUACAAAUUGGUAAUGAUGAAGUCGAAGCAGAAGCUAAUGAUGUUGAUGCCUCUCAAGAUGAAGACACGGAAACUGCUCAAUGGGUCAAAAACUCUAAAUUGGCUUCUGUUUUGGUUGCCUCUGGUGCUUUUGAAGCUGCUGCCCAAGCUUUGCAUAAACAGGUUGGUGUAGUUGAUUUUGAACCACUAAGGAGUUAUUUUAUCGAUAUAUAUGAAGGCUCUAGAACCUACAUGACUGGUACCCCAGAAGAGUUACCUCCAAUAGUUGGUCACAUAAGGUCAAAUGCUGACACUGAUAUUCCUGAAGAGGCUCUUCCUAAAGUUCCGGGAAUGGACAUUGUCUCCGCUAAAAUUAAUGAAGGUUUCAAACUGUUCAAAGCUAAUAAGCUGGAAGAGGCCAUUGAAACUUUUAGGGAGGUCAUUUAUCGUGUUCUAUUUUUGACGCUGGAAGAUGACGAUGAAGAGGAACUAGCCCACAAGGCAUUAGAAACUGCCAAAGAAUACAUCCUAGGUUUAUCCAUUGAACUAGAGCGUAGAAGUUUGGCUCCAGAAGAUGUCAAAAGAAACCUUGAACUUGCGGCCUAUUUCACAAGAUCCAAGUUGGUACCUGCUCAUCGUUGUAAUGCUCUUCAAGUUGCUAUGUCACAAAACUUUAAGAAUAAGAAUUAUGUGCAAGCGUCUUACUUUGCUUCAGAGUUCUUAAAACUUAUGUCGUCUGGUCCUCGUGCUGAUCAAGCAAGAAAGAUCAAAGAUAAAGCUGAUUCACUUGCACAUGACGCUGUUGAGAUCAAUUUUGAUCCUUACGCCGAGUUUGACAUUUGUGCUGCCACUCAUACACCAAUUUACAAGGAUGCUGCUGUAGUCGAAGACCCAUUAACUGGUGCUAAAUACCAUGCUAACCACAAGGGUGAUAUCGAUUCGAUUGCUAAGAUAUCCAAGAUUGGCGCACCAUCAUCUGGCUUAAGAAUAAGACUGUAG